AUGGGCACCGGCAUGUGUUCGAGGAGGCAGAAGGGGCUCCUGCAGACCGGGUUUUGCCUGGUGACCGUGGCGUGCCUGGGCUCGGGAGUUUUCAUCUACAACCACUUGCAGCAAAAGGUGCAGAACGCUGAAGCCCUGGCCCAGAAAUACAAACAGCAGCAGGAAGCGCUGUCUGCCCAGCUCCAAGUUGUGUACGAGCACAGAUCCCGGCUGGAACGAUCCUUGCAGAAGGAGCGAGGGGAGCACAAGAAGACAAAGGAAGACUUUUUAGUGUACAAGUUAGAAGCUCAGGAAGCUCUCAACAAGGAGAAGCAAGACUCAAUGAACAGAUACGGGGCCCUCAGUUCCCAGCACAAGAUCCUGAAGAACCAGCAUGAAGAUGUCAAGAAGCAGCUGCUUGACCUGCAGCUGCAGCACAACAGCUUGAAACUGGAACAUCGUAAGACACUGGAGACUCAGAGCCAGAAAUAUGCCCAGCUGCAGCAGGAGAAGGACAGUGAAGUCGCGAACUUGCAGGAUACAGUGUUUAAACUCAGAGAAGAGAGCAAACUGCUUCGGAAGGCCCACCAGGAAGUUCACUCUCAGCUCCUUAAUGCCCAGGCCCAGAUGGAAGAGUUCAGGCAGCUCAAGGAAGCUCUACAGAAGAUGCCAAGUUUCAAAGGAGGAGGCGCUGGGAAGGGGCAGCAGCAGUUUCAGGUGCCGGUGCCUGCCACCAGCCAGUUCCAGCUUGUGAGGCAGAAGGCUUUCCCAGUCAACCAGGAGAAUCGCCCCUUUGGGAACCCGUUGGCUUCCCAAGUCUCCGGGGUUCAGAAGCAGGCAGAUGUCCCUUUGCUGCAGGGCCAGAACUCGUACGGUAACGAUGGCCCAAGGCCACAGGCCAACGUGCUCUUUACCCAUCCAGCCCCAAGGCAAGAUGCCAACGCGCUGCCGGAUGCUCUGCCCGCCUGGCCGGCGAGACGCGGGGAUGGGCACGUGGUCAGGUUCACCCGCACUAUGAACAGCCUGCCAAAUGGGAACCCAGAUCUAAAGAUGGUGAUGCGCAUUCAUGUUCAAAGCAAUGAGGAAAGCCGGGCUCCUGGACUGUCACCCUCUGAUCUGAAACAACCCUCUGCAGCAGAAAAACCUCAGGCACCAGACAACCACCGCUCUACAGGGAGCAAACAGGUCCAGAUGCAAAGCUGGAAAGACAUAGUUAACAAAGUGAAUGCCCAGAUGGAUGAACAACAAGUGCACAGUUACCCCAAGAGCCUUCAUUUUGAGCCCAAGCCUGGGCAAGAGAUGCAGAAAGUCAGCUCACAGCCACCCGAGCACAAGAGAGGGGAAGAGCAUCAGAUAGCUGAUGAGGAAGGCCAGAAGGAAAGGACAGAUGAUGAGGAGCUCGAAAUGGAUGCAGGAGUGAUUGAGAGGGAGGAGAACCUGCACUCUCAGAAAGAGACUGUGGUCCAGGAACCAAUGAUGCCAGAUGAUGCUGCAGAUCCUGCCCAGGACCCCAAUAACCAAGGUGAGGAUGAGUUUGAGGAAGCUGAGCUGGAGAGACCUGACUUUGAAGAGAAGGAUGCUGGCAGACCUGCCAAGCCCAGGGAAGACCCAAUGGAUGACUAUGAGGAUCAUGGAGGUGAGGUGGAUGACAGUGAUGACCUGGAACUUGUCCAAGACCAGAAGGACCGGGCAAACAUACAGGGAGCUGAUGGCAAGAAGAAUGACUACUACUGAAAGAUGCUAAAGGGAAGUGGAA